AGCUGGGGUCAGUAGUCAUCCUAUGGCACCGGAGAAGGGGUCGGGGCCAGGUGGUGCGGCGCCUGAGGGCACUGAGAAGAUCUUGGACGCCCUGUUGCAGACUCUCUACGAUGUGGGAGAGAAAGAUGAAACAGAACAGAAGAAAAUCAGAAAAAAGAGAGAAAACAGGAAGACAGAUGGGGUUGCAGUAGCUGUAGCAGCAGAGAGAACCCUGCCUGGUUCUUUCACAAAAAACCAGAAGAAGAGUGCUUCCAGCUUUUUCAGGGAACUCAGAGAAGAGUUGAACUGUGCUCCUGAGGUCACUUCACACAAUCCACCUUCAGGAGCAAAGGUCCUUGCUGCUAUAGGAUCAUCUUCUUCCCUGCAAAACAACAGGGAGCAAGUGGAAGUGAUAGAAUUUCACGGCAGAAAUAAAAAAAGAAAACUGAAGCCAGAUCAAGAUGAGUGCGUAAAGACUAAAACUAAUGUCCAUGAGAAAGAUUCAGAUAUUCAAGAAUUUAACCUAGAAAAGGCUCGAUUGGAAGUGCACCGGUUUGGGAUUACAGGCUACGGGAAAGGAAAGGAAAGAGUCCUGGAAAGGGAACGCGCCAUCAUGCUCGGUGCCAAGCCUCCCAGAAAUACUUACAUGAAUUACAAGGUUUUGCAGGACCAAAUUAAAGCAAAACAGGCAGCAAAGGAGGAAGAGAAGAGAGUGGCCCAGGAUGCAGAUAUUUUCAAGAGAAAGAAGAGGAGAGGACAGGAAGAUAGGAAAUCCAAAAAGAAGAAGACGGCUCCCAGUAUUUUAUCAAGUGGACAGGUUGGACAGGUUGGAAAAUUCAAAAAUGGAACAUUGAUUCUGAGUCCAUUUGAUAUCAAAAAAAUAAAUUCUUCCAGAGUGUCUAAAUAAAGCACUUUAUCAGAUAAAGAAGAAUGAGAGCUGGGGAGACAGCUCAGCGGCACAAGCGCCUGCCUGGCAAGCGCAAGGGCCUGAGUUUGAUUCCCGGUACCAAAAAAAAAGAAUGAGAACAAGUGACCAUAUGACCCUGGACCUGGCCAGACUUCCAGACUCUCACGUGCUACACACUGCCUCUUCGUUUGGGGAAGCCCGAGUAGAGCCUUUGUAGGUUCUGAUGUAUCAGUCACAGAGCUGCAGGGCCGAGUGAGCAGGCCUCACUUCCAAUUCUUGUAUACUGGUGCCAGGCAAGUUCGCUUGUAAUACCAUUUUUCAUACUUUCACUGUCUUAUAAAUGCUAGUAAUUAACAUUAUGUUGCCUUUUAAUAUUUGUAAUGAUAUUAUUGAAUCAUGAAGGAACUAAGAAUGUGAUUUGUUUGCAAAAGGAGUUUUAAUUUUCAGCCUAUUUGUGUAAAAUGUACUUUUUCUGAAUUUGUAUAAAUAAAUACAGCUUUUAUAGUA